AUGGAAGAAGCCUCACGAACGCACCUCGUUCACACACACACACAGCAAGAAUAGUUGGAGGCUCUGUUUAGCUGCCACAUGUUUCCAGAUAAAAACCUCCAGAGAGAACUUGCUUUAAAACUCAACCUACCAGCGUCAACAGUAAAGAUUUGGUUCAGGAAUCGGCGGUUCAAAAAGAGGAAGCAGCAGUGGCAACAAGAGCAGCAAUCACUAAAGCCACCAAACCAGGUCCUUCCAGCCAAGAGUGUGCCCACAGCAUCAACCAGUCCUCAUUCUUUUCUCCCUGCAGUUUCAGAUUCUUAUAGCUCCCACUCACCUCAGCCCUUAGACCCUUUCCAUUGGGCAGGGGACUCUAUAAUCACUGAGAUUGCUACAAGUGAUGUCCAAAUGCAAGAUCCUCAGUUGGAGAGGCUAGGGGCCUCAGUUCCUGCUUUGUACUCUGAUGCCUAUGACAUAGCACAAAUCAUGGAACUGUACAGUUUUCCUGAUGAGGAUGAGAUAGCCAGCUCUUCUUUCCACUCUCUGUAUCAUUAUCUCUCACCAACAAGGCCCAGUUAGAAGAGUUCCUCUCUUAGCCUAUUUGCUGAUCCAGCUGUAGGUUUAUCUCCUGAGCAAACCUGCUUCAGUGUGACAAGCUGGAGCUUUGCAGCCUACAGUCUAAGAAACAGCCUGGAAUUCCAGAACCCCUUCAGUAUGGCACACUUUGGAUGUUGCUGA